AGGCCGGUUCACUCAAGCAAAAAAUAGCAGAUAAAGGAGCCUCUCUUUGCAAGCAGGAGCAAAGGCGCUUGGUAUGUGGGAAUGGGAGAGUAGCAGCUUUAUUUGAAGCCACUCUCUUCAUGAAUCAUUGGAGUGAGGUUGGGCCCAGAGUUAGGACACUUUGGGGAUUCUUUUUUCUCUCUAUACCAACUAAAGUAAAUGGCAUCAAAGUUUUUAGAUUCUUUUAUUUAUUUCUUUACAGCAUUUACUUUUUAUAUGAUUGGUACAGCAUUAAAUUAUGACUUGUAAUGGUCUGAGUUCUUGUUUCUUGUAGAUUUUUUGUUGUUGAUAGUUUGAUUAUUGGAUUUUUUGGAGAUGUGAGAAUGUAAAUUAAAAAUAAAAUAAUUCAAUCGACCAAGUGGGUUAUAUGUAUAAAAAUAAAUGGUACAAUUUUAACACAGGAAGGAGGGAAAAGUAAAAAAACAUUACGAGCCGGGAGAGCCGGGAGACAUUACGACCUUACGGAGCUGAGGCCAUUUCUGGUUGUGUGGUGUAUUAUGGGUAAUGUGGUAGAAUACAGAUGUUGCAAGGGCAAUCCUGUAAAGCGGAGGAUGCUUCCUCUUGACAAGUACUCUCUUUGUACUGGUGGGAGCCACUGAGUUAGCGCACUGUACUAAGUUUACUUGGUACAGCAAAAGCUGUCAACUGACACCAAAGCGUUAUCCCUCAGGCCACAUAAUUGCCUGCUCUUUGGAGAAAAUUAUAAAUGUAGCAUGGAGGAGGACCCAGAGGCAGCAGCAGCGAAAAGCCUUAGGAUUAGGCAUUUUGAAAGGCUCUGUGAACAUCACACCACUAAACAGCGUGAGAGGCAGGCAGGCAAUCAACCCAACAGAGAGAGCACACAGACAGACUCCCUGCUCAGCUCUCCCACCAGCCAGCCCUCUCACUGCUCCACUGCAGCCUUAUCAAGAUGUUUAGAGGCAGAGGUAAUUGUUAUGACUCGAUGCACAAAGUUAAGAAAUAGGCGCGAGCAGCCUGCCGCCGUGUUUUUCCCUCUGCAUUGUGGCCCCGUGUAACAGGAUAAUAAACGCUACUUUAUAAACGCAGUAUCUGCAGCUCCUCGUCACCAGGGAGAGCCCAGCAGAGGCAGGGCAAGAUCAGAACCAGCCAGAAGCAUACAGGAAGGGAGAUGGGGAGGUGUAGGUACGGUGGCAUGGGUGCAGCUGGAGGAGGAAAGGAAAGAAAAAGGGAGGGGCAGAACGUGCUGCAGAAAGAGCACAGCUGAACUGGACUUAACAGGACUGUAUAUAAAGUGACGUAGAUUGCUAUAGCCAUGGCAUCGCUCUGCUGUGCCCUGCGACUCCCACUGAGCCUGUAUGUUGUUGUGUUCCUCUACAGGGGGAUGCCGGACAUCCAGUGGAUGAACCUGGACCCUUUGAAGCUGAUGGAGGAGCUCAGCCAGUUCACCAGUCUGGAGGGCUUCAGGGAAAUGCUGGACAAGGCCCAGGUGGGUCACGCUUACAUGAACCGCCCCUGCCUGGACCCCAACGACCCCGAGUGCCCCCUCAGCGCCCCCAACAAGGACCUGAGAGAGAGUCCUGACAUUGCCGGGCGGCUCCAAGGCGGUUGCCACGGCUUCUCCAAAAAGUUCAUGCACUGGCAGGAGGAGCUGAUCCUGGGCGGUCGGGUCAAGGACACCCAGAAUGCUUU